AUGGAGGCCGCAGCGAGUGAGCACAUUUCGGUAGCUUUGGGUCUCACUCGACCGUUUUUGAGCGAGUCAAACCGCGCGUUUACGCCGUUCGAGACGUGGGACCACCUCUCGGCCUUACUCGUGACACAACCUCUUCAGGUGCAGCCUCUUGGGUACUAUCGCACCCCCCAGAGCAUUGACAUCUAUGUCUUCGAGUGCGUCCUGCGCGACACGAGUGGCUCGCAACGCUACAGGUGGAAGAUCUACCGUCGCUAUCGACAGUUUCACAAGUACGUAUUGCACUCGGCCAACUUUAGCGCCAGUCAUGCAGUGGACAUACCCCAUUUGCCGCAAGGUCCGGUCCAACUGUUCCAUGCACGACAUUGCAAAGACCGUCUUGUAGAGCUCUCCAAGUGGCUUGCAGCAGUGGUGGAGACAACACGGACUUACUAUAUGCAGUUGCACCGGAGACAGGAAGCGCAGGGCCGAGACAAACGGUGUGCACUUCAACCGCAAAGAUUGGCACAAGAAGCAAAAAAGAAGACCACGAACAAGCAAGUGCAGUCACAUUUGACCUCUGCGAAGAGUUUGGCUGGGCCGAGAUCAAGCUCGAGAGCUCCGAGACAACAACAAAAGCGCAGUGUCAGUUUGAAGGCGAUCGAGCAACUGGGCGAUCCUGUUUUGUGCGUGCUGCGAGCGGACGAGACGGAGGCGUUUCCAGUCAUGAUGUUGAGCUCUUUUCUCUUUGCGGGCGCAAACUGUCCGUUUCCGCGCGUUUUUCAGGGUCUACCGACGUUCGCUUUGGCGUUAGAAGAGCAAAAUGUGCAACUGUUACGAAGAGCGUUGCCUGCUUACCCGUCCAGAUUGAAGAAUGCUAUCGUGACUCGAGCGGGUCUUGGUCUACGGCUGACUCCAAACCACGAACAAGACGGGCUAUACUUGGGUGCAACUGUUGCAGACUUUCUCCGAAAUCGAAACGAGCUAGACCCUGCACUGGUAGAUGUCCCAGUGGGAGCAAGACUGGUUCGAGUCAAUGGCAUCGAUGUGAACGAUUGGCCAUUUGAUCAACUUUUGAUUCAGCUACGAAGUUUGGCUGUGCCAUUGCGUCUAACGUUUCGGUACGAUCCGCACCUGAAGUGCCACAAAAGCAACACAGUGACGUCACACAGUCAUGUCGAUGCUACAUCUGCUGCAGAGCCAAUAAGUGGAGAGCAGAGUGGAGAACAUUGUACGCGAAAGGGAAGCUGUGCUGAGUGUUCAGUGCUGGACCACACUGACAUGCGAAACGAGUCAAUGAAUUCAGGUCGUCGCACUUCUAGUGCAGACAGCUCUCAAUCGAAGUUUGGUUGGCUAGCCUUAGUCUUUGGCAAUUUGUUCGGUUGUGGGAAUGCGGUGAGCACGACUUCGAAGUUAAGGUGGACGAUGGACGCUGAUUUUAUAAGCCUUUCAAGCAAGCGGCAAGAUAAGCCUGCGGACGUCGUAUCGGGGCCUGGAUGCCUUUCGUUGUUGGAUGGAGGCAAACCCGUUUUGUGUUCGUGGGAUGAAGUAGGUGGCGAAUCGCAGAACAUCGUUUUGCGUGGAUUCUAUUCUCACUUGCCACAUUCAUUGCUUCGAGAGCUGCGACUGACGGAUCGCAAUGAGGUGAAAGCAAACGACUGCAAUCGAAAGCGCAAUCAAAACGAAAGCUGUGCCGGAGAGAUUAACAUGGAGGUCAUCAAUGCCAGUGCAUCACCGAAUUGCGAGGCGCUAGGUGUGUGGAGCACUGCUUAUGGAUGCUUGGGGUCACUGUUUGGUGCAUGUACAAUCCAAAAUGUGGAAGCUGCGAGGCUAAUGCAACCGCCUGUGUUUUUCUCAACGAGUGCUGAGCACUGUGCCAGCGAAAAGGACUUACGCACGGGAUUGAUCUUGGUAGCGAUAAACAAUGAGAGCACAUUUGGGCAUUCGUUUGCUACUGUAAUGGAGCGUUUGCGCUUGGCUGCACGCCCUACCAGUAUAUGCUUCCGUUGGUAUGAAGACUUCAGUCCAUUCUUGGACACAAACGUUGCAGAAAAACACGAGAGCUGCCGUUAUCUACCGUCAAGGUCAAGCAAUCUCCAUGCAACUGCAGCUGAAGCAUUUGCAAGCUAUUUGGACUGUGUAGCGGUAGCGCAAACUGAUUUAAGUUUCAGCCUGCAGCUCGCUCUGACAGAGAACGCAUCGAUUCGCGAUGAGCUGAGUGUUCUUCGUGACGUUCACUGCAAAUUGGGGCUAGCGCAGGAGCGUGCAGCUCAGAGAGAACAUGUUUUGCAGGCCACGAUUGAACAAAGAAACGGUGUGAUUGCCAAGUUGAAUGAAAAAUUGGACGUGCAACGACACGAGCUGGAGAAUGUGUAUCGCCGGGCGUGUGAGGCAGAGACCAAGCUUGCCUUACACCAUCGAGAGUACAAGGCUAGGUUGGACAAGGCAACGAAAAGCGUCAAGGUACGACUCGCCGAACGCGAGGAGCAACUGAUAAAGGAAUCGAACCGAUCGAUCGUGAAUGCGAACUAUCUGGCCGAACGUCGUGCCCUCAAGAUGUUGGAAACAGCAGCAAAUGAACUGCGAUACAAGCACGAAGAAUACUUGCAGCAGCUCGCCGAGGAGCAUGCAGAGGAAGUGGAAAGUCUCGUGCAGCAAGUGGCAGUGUGGCGUCACCAAGUAGAGGUGCUCACGGAGGCUGAAAGGCGUAAUUACGUGGCUUUGAUGAGCAAAGGCGUGCAUCCGUACGGAGAAGACCAGCGCGCGCGUGUGGGUUACGUGAGUACCGAUCCACUUAUUGGACACCGCAUGAAAGGGCAUCAUGACGACAAUGAUGCGUAUAUAAGUAGGCCGGAGACGACCUUGGUCUCGCGUGCGAACACCAAUGUAGGGCGUGGUUGCAGUCCCGAGGAUGAUAGUGGCAAGGACGUACCUGAGGCUGCCUUUAGAACACCAAACAUGGCGUUGCAGGUUCGCCAUGGCACAUUUUGGGACCGCAUGGUCUCACUGCUGGCCACGGAAUGA